CCCAAUACUUAUCGGCGCCACCGCGACGAGCCGACGACACGCUCACUCUCAUUCCCACUCUCACCGUGAUACAAUGGCCGGGCUAGCCGGCGUGGUGUGCCUUCUCCUCGCUGCCAGUGCUGUCACCGCGGCGGCGGCGGCGGCCGAGGCGGAGUCCCUGUCCUCCUACAUCGUGCACGUCGCGGCAGAGCACGCGCCACGGUCGACGCGUCCGCGCUUGCUCUCCCGCUCAUACACCUCUUUCCUGCACGACAACCUGCCGGCGCACAUGCUGCGCCCGGCGCCGCAGGUGUUCUACGCGUACGCGCACGCCGCGACGGGCUUCGCGGCGCGGCUCACGGAGCGCCAGGCAGCGCACCUCGCGUCCCAGCGCCCCGUCCUCGCCGUCGUCCCUGACGAGACGAUGCAGCCGCACACCACGCUGACGCCGUCCUUCCUCGGUCUCUCGCCGUCGUCGGGGCUCCUCCCGAGGUCCAAUGGCGCCGCGGACGUCGUCAUAGGCGUCAUCGACAGCGGCAUCUACCCCAUGGACCGCCCGUCAUUCGCCGCGGACGCGUCGCUGCCGCUGCCGCCCAGCAAGUUCCGGGGUACCUGCGUCUCCACGCCGUCCUUCAACGGCUCCGCGUACUGCAACAACAAGCUCGUCGGCGCCAGAUUCUUCUACGAGGGCAUGAAGCAGCGCAUGGGCGUCGCCGCCUUUAGUGAAGCGGAGGAGUCCUUGUCGCCGCUGGACACCAAUGGCCACGGCUCGCACACUGCCUCCACCGCUGCCGGCUCUGCCGGAGUGGACGCUUCCUUCUUCAACUACGGCAAGGGAAAGGCCAUCGGCGUGGCUCCGGGCGCGCGCAUUGCCGCCUACAAAGCAUGCUGGAAGCACGGAUGCUCGGGCUCCGACAUCCUCAUGGCGUUUGAGGCGGCCAUCGCUGACGGGGUCGAUGUCAUCUCCGUCUCGCUCGGCGCCUCCAAGCCCAAGCCGAAAGAGUUCUACGUAGAUGGCAUCGCCAGAGGUUCGUUCAGCGCCGUCCGCAACGGCAUCACCGUCUCUGUAUCUUCGGGAAACUUCGGCCCAGGAGAGUUCACCACCGUCAACGUCGCGCCCUGGUUCUUGACGGUUGGCGCGUCAACCAUCAACCGCCGGUUCCCAGCGAGCGUCGUCCUCGGCAACGGCGAGACAUUCACCGGCACUUCGAUCUACGCCGGCGCGCCGCUUGGCAAAGCCAAGAUACCGCUAGUGUACGGUCAGGACGAAGGGUUUGGCGAGCAGGCCCUGACUACUGCCCACAUCCUCCCUGCAACAGCCGUCAAGUUUGCCGACGCCGAGAGAAUCAAGAAGUACAUAAGAUCGAAUACGUCACCCUCACCCCCUGUCGCGACGAUCGAGUUCCAUGGCACCGUCGUCGGCCGGACGCAUUCGUCAUCAAGAAUGGCGUCGUUUUCGAGCAGGGGCCCGAACCUCUUGGCGCCGGAGAUCCUCAAGCCGGACGUGACCGCCCCUGGUGUCGACAUCCUAGCCGCGUGGACCGGCGAGAACUCGCCGUCGCAGCUCGACAGCGACCCGAGGCGGGUGAAGUACAACAUCAUCUCCGGCACGUCCAUGUCGUGCCCUCACGUGAGCGGCAUCGCCGCGCUGCUCCGGCAGGCUAGGCCGGAAUGGAGCCCCGCCGCGAUCAAGUCCGCGCUGAUGACCACCGCGUACAACGUCGACAGCGCCGGGGAUAUCAUCAAGGACAUGUCGACUGGCAAGGCGUCGACGCCGUUCGUGCGCGGGGCCGGCCACGUGGACCCGAACCGCGCGGUCGACCCGGGCCUCGUGUACGACGCCGGCGCCGACGCCUACUUCUCCUUCCUGUGCGCGAUCGGUUACACCGCCGAGCAGAUCGCCGUGUUCAGGACGAAAGACGACCCGGUGGUGGACUGUUCGACGCGCACGGCCUCCGUCGGCGACCACAACUACCCGGCCUUCUCCGUGGUACUCAACUCUACCAGGGACGCCGUCACGCAGCGCCGCGUCGUGCGCAACGUCGGGAGCAGCGCCAGGGCCACGUACAGGGCCAGCUUCACCAGCCCGGCCGGCGUGCGCGUGACGGUGAACCCACGGAAGCUACGGUUCAGCGUGACGCAGAAGACGCAAGAGUACGAGAUCACCUUCGCGGCGCGAGGCGUGGUUAGCGUGACCGAAAAGUACACGUUCGGGUCCAUCGUGUGGAGCGACGGCAAGCAUAAGGUGGCCAGCCCCAUCGCCAUCACCUGGCCAGCGACGGUGAGACAAGUGGCGGCGAUGUGAUUGUGAUGUGAUGCGAGCUGCCUAGCUACGUCUGAAUAAGGCAUAGUAUAAGCUGCUAGUGCCUCUGUGCAUGGCUGCCUCAUCUCACCACCACCCUUCCAUUGCUUGAUCAAGUUGUAAAAUUCAGUGCUAAUCGUUGUCAUUUCGGUAGUUUUAGCUAUCCGGUUUGCCUGAAUUCUGGUCCUCUUCCCUAAUGGAACCGGAGCUAUGAGUAGUAGUUAUGAAAGGCUGGCGUAAA